GAAUCUACACGACCGGGAGACCGCAGCAAUGUGGGCCGUGUAUUAUAUUCAAACUAUAUUCAAAACAAAAACUCCGGGCAUCACCAAAGAUUGUCAUCAAAUCAUUCACGUUAAUUGCACCGUGUGUUCAAUUCUCACUUCUUUUACAUACUGAAAUGGUAUGCUUCUUCCUGCUGCUCUUUUAACACAACCCCUAACUUGUUUUCUUCAGUGCCACACAAGACCCAGUGUCCAUUGAAGACAAUAGCUUCUACUGAUAUGCUGGAGACAUUAUGCACACUUUGUACUCUGAUAUUAGAACAACUGUUCACGAUUGAGGAUCUUUGACUGGCCUGUUUAUAGAAUGUAUUGAUUUAGAUUUUUUUUUUUUUCUAUUUUGUACUGAAAUUAAUGAAAAAAAGCUUGCACACACUCGCAUUAAUGUAAAGUUGCGAUUUCGGCUCACAUCACAACCUUGACUAGGUCCUAGGUUCGGGCUAAGCCCCAAAUGCUACAACGUAUGGCUCGGCCCCUGGUGAUGAGCUGGUUUUGGCCAUUACACUCCCGGGCUGAAAAUGGGUCCCAGUCCGGCCCUGGUGUCACCAGAUGUAAAAUACAUGAAUUCGGGGCCUGAAAUACAUAGAAACUUAGAGGAUUUGCAAUUGUAUUUGUUUGUAAAAAUCUUUUUGUAUUACAGUUGUUGACAUACAGUUAUUGACAUGCACCUUGAAUAGACUGCAAUUAUAUUUAUGAUGGCUGCUGUAGAUGAUCUUGAUAAUCUUGGAUUAUUUUUGUUCAGUUUAUUUGAUGAGCUUUUACUGUGUGUCUAUGUUCAGUGCUGUACCACAAAUUGCUUCUCAAGAGAACAUUAACAUUUUCUCAGUCUAAUCAUUGUAACUUGUGCAUUGUACAUUGCACCUGUUUUUCAAUGUAAAGAUUAGGGAUAGAGUUCUUUUACAUCAAACAUAAAAUGCUGCAUGAUCCUUUAGUUCCUCAAAUGGACAUUCUGGGCACUAUGAAUAACUGUCAGUAUAAUACAGGAUGUCUCAGUUAACAACAUCCAGUUUAUAUUUCAGUGCAUUGGAUAUUUGCUUAAAAGAGCUACGAGUACUUUACAAGCUCUGUGUGUUUGUGUGUUAGGCCUGUGUGUGUUGGGCCGAGGCUGUUAAUCUGUCCCAUGUGUCCUAUUGUUGGGUGACUCCUGAGUGCAUGGCUGUGUUGGUUUAAAGUCUGCAUCCCAACCUAAUGCCUCUAAACCUCUUUUCAUCCAUCUCUCUCUCUCUGUCUCCCAAUUCACAAUGAUCAAUGUAUGCUUUUUAUAAAUUAAGUUCUCCUUACUUUCUACAAUUUCCCUAAUUUACAAUCCUCAUCAUCUUUUGCCUUUAUUAUAGCUUUUUCUCAGUUUCACUGUCUCUCUCUCCCGUCUGCUAUGUUUGUAAAUUAUUAAUUAAAUUAUAAAUUAAAGUACCUGUGUUAGAGAGUGUCUAAGAGCUAUUAGAAAAUAAUCACAGGGAAAACACUGGGUCGGAAGUGGAACCUUCAAGAUCCUGCCAAUCUCUCUCAUCACUGCUUUGUCAGUUUGUGCUACUGUGCCGUAAGUGUGACACAUGGGGUAUUUAUGUUGUGACGAUUCGUCCCCUCCGUCACCGAGUACGUUCCCCACCCGGGUGCAGGACAGCAAAAAUAAGAUGUUGAGACGGACAGCUGCAGGAACACUUGAGUUAUAUUUUACUUUUCCGCAGAGCCAGAAUGAUAGUAAACACACUGCCGUAAUAGGUUGUCAAAACGGUCAAAAUAAACACUUCGCGUCAAACAAGGAAUACAAGUAAUUGGACAAUUCUCAGGCGGUCCCUCAACCUCCGUUGCACCAGUAUUUCUCCGGAGUCAGGUAGAGCAGAUGUAAUACAGGAGAUGUUGCAGCAGGCUGGACAGCAUAGAGAGUAUCGGUGACCAAAUGAACAAAAGAGAUAGAUAUUCCCCAUGGGCCAUGUAGCUGACUGCGAAGGGAAACUCUGAAUGGCUUGUGAGUUGGUAAAGAUGAGCUGAACAAAAUGUGUGACACCACAGACAGACUGGAUAACCUAUAGGUAUGUUCACUAGCUCUGCAAGUUUGCAACAUACAGUACCAAAACAUAGUUGACACAUGUGUAGUGAUAUUUGGGAUAUUUGGUGCAAAUGACAUGUGACACACACAUGACCACUUUCUUCAUCCUGCCCCCUCUAGUGGGGAAUGGUUAGUGUGUGCCCUCACGAACAGGGCUUGAGACUUGAGACAGGGUUAGAGUAAGCCAUGGGAGGAGAGAUUCAGAGAGGCAGGAAGGGCACCACUUUUAUUCCGCACUGAGUCACACAUUCUAUUUUUGCUGGAUAGAAUUUAGAACAGAGGUGGGAGGGGAUAGAUGGGAACAGUUGGUCUGCCGUUGUUUGUCUCUGUCUCUUAUCUCUCAUCCAUUAGAUGCAUGUCACACAGGUGUCCAAGCAAAAAAGAGAACAACUUAGUUGUACUAAUGAAGUUUAGUUUUACAUGGAGGAACAUUUGUUCAGAUUCACUUACUCACUCACACACAUUGGCUGCUUUUCUCGGUGUCUGCUGAGCAGCAACAGCCAGGCUUGAGCCCUACAAGAAGAGACAGGGAGCCACGGACAGAGUGAGCGGAGGAGAUAUUAGGACAGAAUAGUGGGAGAGGAAGAAAGCAAGAGAGAGAGUAGCACUGUGAGGACUGCUGCUCACAGCUGAACCAGCCUGGGCAGAGUAUAGAUUUGAAGAAUCUGUGUGUGAGAGAGAAAGAACAAGAGUGAGUGUGGCGACAGUGUACCAGUGUUGCAUGGAGCACCCGGGGGAUGAGACAGAAAAGAUAGAAAGAGGGGGGGAGGCAAUCUAUGCUUGGUCUGAAAGGAGAAGACUAUACCUAGACAACAGUGCAGCCACUGACAUCACUUGGUUCUACCCACCAUAAAAAAGGCACACUCUGUACCUUCAGUUGACACACGAGUUUGGAUUUAUACUGAUAGUUCUUCUGAACCAGUGAAGCACCCUAAUGCAGUGUGACUACACAGAGACCAAGAAACUUCUACUGUAGCUUUAACCAAUUCAGGACUCUUCAACCAACAUGGAGAAGACUAACCAGAUCUGGAUACUCAGAGAGGAGUGAGGGAGAUCCAUCUGUCACAUAUACAAAAUAGAAGACUAACUCCUGUCAUUCAUUUGGUGACGGAUACCUGCUCUGCCUGUUCACUGGACCAGAUCCUUUCAUGAUGGAUACAAAACGGUUACAGAGACCAACAGGACUAGUUUGGGUACACUCCGCUCCAAUACUAUAUCUUGUUGAAGAGGACUACAGGAAAUUGGACUCAGAGAACAGAAGGGCAACAGCAGACGCUGGUUUAUCUGAACCAGAACCAGUACUGCAUCCAUCCGGAUCUCUCACCAUUUGUAUUCAUCCCCAACCUGCUCGUUCACCUUGUUGUUCCUCGGACACUGAAACUUCUCAGUGCGCAGUGAAACAAAAGGAAUAAGGAACCUUACCUCAAACAUUAUGGAAAACAUGUGGGGGAGUUCAUGUAUUGACUUUUGACUACCAUGUUUAGAAAAUGUGUGUCGUUUGUCUAGGUGAGGUCUCUUGGUGUCUUGGGCAACCUAACUGUCUGUUAACUACUGUGUGUGAUGUUGAGAGGAGGUGUCCCAGCCCCGCCAGGGCGGAACUGGUGUUUCCAGUGUUCGGUGGGGGUGGACUGCAGUGACCCAGAGCCACGUUGUAUCUGGUUGGCAGUGUUACAAAGGGUUUCACAAGACAACACACCACAUUCCUACCCACCUGCAUCUUCCCUCGUUUCCGAUCACCAGAGUGUGCCCAGGAGGACCAUACCGAGUAGUGGCCUGGCCAGGGCAAAAGGGCUGAGAGAUGGUAUGGUGUCAUCCAAUGAGAAUGUCCGUACGCAGUUGCUGGGCGAAGUUGAGGGUGUGUCAAAGCAGGGCCCUCAGACUGUGGUGCUCCAGAAGAGUCAGCAGGGAUUCGGCUUCACACUGCGCCACUUCAUCCUCUACCCACCGUCUCUCCAGACACACAUUAAAGAUGAGGAAAAUGGAAAUGGAACUGGAAAAGCCAGCUUGAGACCUGAUCUGGAGCCCAUGGACACCAUCUUUGUGAAGAGUGUGAAAGACAGAGGCCCAGCCCACCAGGCUGGCCUGUGUACAGGGGACAGACUGGUGAAAGUUAAUGGAGAGAGUGUUCUGGGGAAGACCUACUCUCAGGUGCUAACACUAAUCCAAAACAGUGGAAAUGUUCUGGAACUAUCCAUCAUGCCAAAAGAUGAGGAUGUGAUACAGUUGGUGAGUGCGUACUCUCAGGAUGCCAACCUACAAGGGAUCAAGCCAUAUUCAGGCGGGCCACAGAACCUUCCAGAACCGCCACCUUUCUGUUACUCUCGAUCCAAGCCCACCCCUCCUAUCGCCUCACCCACCCACAUCCCACUAGACAACUGGCACUGCCGCCCUGUUAGCCAAGCCUCCCCCCUGGACAACUGCUCUAGCACAUCUACAUUGAUUCCUGGCUGGCCUGGGGGUCCUGAAGAGCACAAGCAGAAGAAUGGCGCCCAAUUUGUCUCUGCACAAAAGCCAUCUUACGGUCAUAAUCGUGGUCAUUCAUUAUCAACCCUAAGUGCUCUGGAUUUCCAUUUUGCCAACCACAAUGCUGCCAUUGCCUCAGCAACACUGCCUCAUGUGCUGCCACGUAAAAGCAGCCUGCCAGCCUCACGUGCACAAGCAGAUGCCAGGUGCCAUCAGGCCCUUUCGGACUGGUACUACAGCCAGGCAGAAGCAGCAGGCAACAUGUCCCCUCGCCAUCAAAGUAUAUCUCAGGAUCGGUUAGCUGAGCUGGGCCUGGCCCUUGGCUCUGCUUCCUCAGCUGAUCAGAGAAGCUGGAGAGUUUCCCAAGAAACUAUUCAAUGUCAUCAGCAGGCAGCUGCCUCCUCCCACAAUUCGUAUUGGCUGGAAGGCUGGGGCAUGGUGGGACCAGGAAGUCGUUCCUGCUCAGAGGGCCUGUUAGCAGCGUAUGCUGAAAAUGACCACAGCUACGGUCGCUCAGUGGACACACUAACUCAGGCUGCUGCGCUGGUAUCCCCCCAUGGUGACCAAACCUCCGCCUGGCUUUCACAAACUGCCCAACCAGAUACAACAGCUGUGGAGGUAAAAAAGCAGAAAGGUUUAGGAAACCAGCAGAAAAUUAAAACUACAGUCACAUCAUCAAUGGUUAUUUCUGCCACAGUCUCUGCUGUUGGACGGCAGCACCAACAGAUGGCUGCACCACAAACCAGAACAAUGGAGGGGAAAGAAUCAGUUGACUACAAAAGCUACAGUCCAUUGUGCCCUCCCAAAGCUGGUCAUUUCUUACAACAAGACCAUUCUUCUAGGGAGCCCACCUACGGAUCUCAUCUCAACUGGAGCCCUUGUAACCAAACCAGUCUCUCGGACAGCGAAUUAGGGUUGGUGGUUGUACCUCGUCCCCGAUCCACUCCUGCUCUAUUUUCGACUGAGGAUGAUAAGCUUUCACUUGAACAAGACAGAGAGGCCCUCUCACCACUUGCAUUCAACCAAGAGAUCAUCUUCAGGCAGAAGCCACCCUCGGGUUGUCGGAUCCCCAUCCACACUCUACAACAUCCCCAUUUUGCUGUCAGCGUGGACUCUGCUGAGCCUCCCGCAGCACUGUCCUCUCCUGUCUCUGGGGGUUCAAGGCCAGGGGAUAGUUUACGAAAGGCCAAUGGUAACCUGCCUCCUGACAACUCCCUAGCUUCCAUUCCUUUUAUAGAUGAGUCUACAGGCCCUAAUGCUGACAGUGCCUGCCAUGUGCCUGCCUGCAGUUUGGUGUCCUCCAGUGCCCAGUGCCCCUCUGUUUUCGCUUCUGUGCCCACCCUCCUUACUUCUAAUAUGGUGUCCCCUAUCCUCUCCAACUCCUCCCCUGUCCGACUCCGCACCAGGGACUGCAGCAGUAUCAAGGGACGCCGUUCCUCCUACUUGCUGGCCAUCACAACUGAACGAUCCAAGUCAUGUGACGAGGGUCUCAAUAGCUUCAGGGAAGAAGGGCGUGUCUUCUCACGACUACCAAAAAGGGUCAAGAGCUUUUUCACUGAUGGGUCUCUAGAGAGUUUGCGAGUUGCAGAGGAGGUGCGGUCCAAACGCCACUCCACCUCUGAGUUGGGCACUAUCACUUUCAGUAAUGUCCGCAAGGAGGGCUGGCUGCACUACAAACAGAUUCUUACCAAAAAGGGAAAGAAGGUGGGUGGAGGCAUGCGUCCAUGGAAACGUGUAUUUUCUGUGCUACGCUCCCAUUCACUGUUCCUCUACAAAGACAAACGGGAGGCGGUCCUUCACGGGGCAGUGGCAGGCCCCAGCCACACAGAAGAUGAGCAUCCACCAAUCAGUAUUCGGGGCUGUUUGAUUGACAUUGCUUACAGUGAAACUAAGCGUAAGCACACGCUGAGGCUGACCACUCAGGACUUCUGUGAGUACCUGCUGCAAGCAGAGGACCGAGAUGACAUGCUGGGCUGGAUCAGAGUCAUCCGGGAGAACAGCAAGACGGACAAUGAAGAACUGGGUUUCUCCAGACAAGCUCUCAUCAACAAGAAACUCAAUGAUUACAGGAAGCAAAGUCCAACAGGCAGUAAGCCAGAUGCCUCUCCCAAGACCCAUCGCAGGAUGCCACCUUUUCUCUUGACCAAGACAGACAACACAUCUUCGCACCGUUCUUCCAAAACUGAUGAAAUUAAGACACCUUGGGGGAUUAACAUCAUGAAGAAGGCAAAGAAGACAGGGAAUCCCAAGGUGUUUGGAGUGCGACUGGAGGACUGUCAACCUGCUCACAACAACACGUUUGUCCCUUUGAUAGUGGAGGUGUGCUGUGGUCUGGUUGAAACCAUGGGUUUAGAGUACACUGGCAUCUACAGGGUACCAGGCAACAAUGCCAUGGUGUCCAGCCUUCAGGAGCAACUCAAUAAGGGGAUGGAGAUCAUCACCACCGAAGAGAGAUGGCAGGACUUAAAUGUCAUAAGUAGCCUGCUGAAGUCCUUUUUCAGGAAACUUCCAGAACCCUUGUUCACAGAUGCCAAAUAUAGUAACUUCAUUGAUGCCAAUCGGCUAGAAGAUGCAGAGGACAGACUUAAGACCACGAGGAAACUGAUCCAUGAUCUACCAAGCCACUAUCACCACACCCUUAAGUUUUUGGUUGGCCAUCUGAAAACAGUAGCGGAUCAUUCUGACAAAAAUAAGAUGGAGCCUAGAAAUCUGGCUCUAGUGUUUGGUCCCACUCUGGUUAGAACAUCUGAAGAUAACAUGACUGACAUGGUCACCCACAUGCCAGACCGGUACAAGAUCAUUGAGACACUCAUCUUACAUCAUGACUGGUUCUUCAAUGCCGGAACACUGGAUAGAGAUGAGAAGGCCCCAGUGGAUAAGAGAGACAUGCAGCCUGUUCCAAAUAUUGACCACUUACUUUCCAACAUCGGUAGGACAGGUGUGCUUGGGGAAACCUCAGUUUCCACCACCAGCGAUUCAGUUAAAUCAAAGGUCUCAUUGGACAUCAAGAAGGACCUGAGUGCCAGAGACUUCCUUCCAUCACUCAUCUUUAAAGCCACCCGGAAACGCAAGAAAUGUCCCAGUACCCAUCCAAUGGACAGCAGCUCUGGUGAGGACUCUGAGCACGAGCCAAUCAAAGCAAGCAACUAUGGGGUGGACGAAGAAAAGAAGGGAAAGGACCAGGAUCAAGAGCAUGUGACUGAAGGACUGAACCCUCCUAGAAUAGAAAAUAGUUGGGAAACAGAAGGGAAUAAGGGUAAAAAGAGAAUAGAGGCUAAACAAUUCCUGUUUAGGGGAAGUGGGGUGACAGUGGAAACAGAGAAAGAAAGACCAGCAAGAAAUAUUGUGCGCUGGGAUGAAGGGGGGUUAUCCACUAAAAUACCCCAGCCUUGUCCUAAUAGCUUCCUAUACUCACACUGUCAGUACCCCAACGUCAUCACCAGCACCACACAAAUGAGGUCCCAAGAGGAGCUCACUGCCCUGCCCCUCUUAAAUGUCCCAAGACUGGCCAGAGCAUGCUCAGUUUUCCCCUCCUGGCUCUCCUAUCUCAGACUGCCUAGCCUCAGCCAAGCUUCAAGUCUUCAGAGAGCACCGCAGACCCAGUGGGACCAGAGACUGCCAGUGUGUUAUAGGAAAAAAAGAGGAAUACGAGUGAGGGCUGUGUCCAUGAAUCUAGAGAUGGAACUUGGCAAGGAUGAGGAUGGAUUAAAAAGUAGAAGAGGAGAAAGGGUUGAGUUACUAAGAUCACCAAUGAAAGAGCAGUGUCAGCUCAGCAGCCCAGUGGAGGCUUCUCAGCGGGCCACAGUCCACCCAGUUACAGUUCCCGACAGCACACUGUCAGCCUUGGCUCCCGGCCCUCUCCUGACCAUAGGGCCUCCCUCUCUCUCCCACUCUUCAGCUGGACGGACAGAUCAGGAUCCCCUCUGUCCUUCCACCAUAGUACUACGAAAAACAACCUUAGAGGCUCAUAAGAGGAAGGCAUGGCGCCGUCACACAGUGGUAGUUUAAAAGUCAAAAGCUCUAGCCCUUCCCCACAUGCACUGGAAAGUGUAAGUACAUUCACUUUUUCCCAAACCAAUGGCAAACUGAUUUAGUGUCAUUGUCAGACACAUCCUAAACUGCUUUGGUGCUUAUACAUAUGAGAGCAAAAAUCUGGUUGACAUUCUCUAUACUAGCCUUUGGUAAAAUUAGUGACGGUAGGCCUGACAGAAAAGACCAGUAGAUAAAGUGUUUACUUAAAGGGAUACAUCAUUUUAGAACAUGCAAGGAAACAAACUAUUCCUGCACAUGUUCACUUGUUAGCUAAAACUAAGGUAAUUUUCAAUGACUAGCUCUUCCAUUUACCAUAUCUCUUUACUAAGCGCUUUCAAAGCUUCUGAAACAGGAAUAGCGAUUUGUUAGGUGUUUAAAACAUGCGUUGUUUCACUCCUCAGUGUUCAUAAUGCCAAAGUUUCCUUGAAUUAACUGCAUGCUACCUAUGGUGUACAUAUCAAACACAUUAUUCAAAGAAGCAUUGAACAAAGCCUAUUGUACCUGCCUGUGUAAUGUGUUUGGUCAACCCAGAUAUUGGAAAUACCACUCUCUGGCCCCCCAUGACAGGAACAAAGUAUCUGUUGCAGCUAAAUAAAGCCAUGCCAAUAAUUACUUUUUACAGUUGUGGCCAUUGUAGCAUGUCAAAUCAUCAUUACAUUACAAGUGGAAAGACAGAGAAGGUAAAGGGAACCAAGCAUGCAGUGUGUUGUGUAUGAGUUAACACUUGCUAAGAGUGGCUCUGGUUGAUAUUAGUUUUACAGGGAUAGUAUUGUCAUGGGAAUAGUUCAAAAAGGGUGUCUUGAAAUUAGCCACUCUCCCUCCUAACUUCCUCAUAUCCAAAACCUUCAAGUCUUACCGGUUAUUAUUUCUGAUUUGUUAGUUUUGUAUCAGUAUAGGAAAUUAUGUUUGUCUAAAACCAAGAUGGUGGUGAAUCAGCCUGUAUUACUGCCAACAUCUGUCCUACAAGCCUAUUCCAUUGUCUCUUUAAUAGUUUGUCUGUGCUCUUGUGCAUGGACUACACGUAUGUGGGUGACUGUGCGUCUACCAACUUUGUAACAGUUGUACAAAGCCUUGUCAAGUUAACCUGUGUAUACUGUAUAUUCUACAUAAUAUAUUAAAUUAUUUCUUUUGAAA